UGCCCUCUGUGCCCGCACGGCUCUUCGCUGCCCGAGUGACAGGUGCCAGCUCCCCCCGGGUCUUCCAGCGUCAGCUCCUCCCUUCUGGCCAGAUGGACAGCAUGGUCUUCAGCUCCAGCUCCAGGAGACACGGCUCGGGGCAGAAAGCAGCCUUUUAUAGCCGGCACGCAGCUGCCUUGGCUCACACCUACACUGCGCUCCCGCAGCCAGGCACCGCUGCCCGGAGCCUGCAUCCUCGCCUGCCCCGGGACCGCCGAGCCUCCCGCAGCACUGCCCAUGGAACCCCACCGCCCACCGCUGCCCCUGCGGCCGCCCCUGCUGCUGCUGCUGUUGCUGCUGUUCCUGGCCGUUUAUAAAGGCACUUUUGGGGAAGCCCAUUUCAGAAAUCGAAGAGGAAUUCUAGAAUUAGCUGGAGCCAUCAGGUGUACUACAGGGAGAUCUCCUUUUGCCUACCUACGAUAUGGAUGCUACUGUGGUCUGGGAGGAAGAGGAUGGCCUAAGGACAGAGUAGACUGGUGCUGCUUUAACCAUGACUGCUGCUAUGGUAAGGCAGAACAAGAAGGUUGUAAUCCAAAGACAGAAAAUUACCACUGGGAAUGUGAAGACAAUGCUGUUGUGUGUGAAUCACUAGAAGACAAAUGUCAAAAAAUGGCAUGUGAAUGUGAUCGUGAAGCUGCCAAAUGUUUUUCUAAAGCUCCUUAUAAUCCAAAAUAUCUUUUGUGGCCAGACUUUAUGUGUGGUGAGAUUCAGCCUUUGUGUAGGUAUUAGACCACACU